ACUCUGAGGGCGGCUGCUCUCUCCCUCCCUCUCUCUCUCUCUCUACCCUCUUCCUCUCAGACUCUUCAUCAUGGCGUCCUCCCUGAUCGGUCGUCACUUUGCAGUCUCUCUUCACAGAAACGUCCGUCUCAGUGCUCCAGCCUGUAGGUAUGUCAGUAAAGCAGCACCAAAGACUGAGCAGGACUAUGACUACAGUGGACCCUCCAUGAAAACCAGCGUACCUGGACCCAGAUCCCAGGAGUUGACCAAACAGCUGGGAGAAAUCCAGAAUGUUGGGGCCAUAAAUUUCUUCUGUAACUACGAGGAGAGUCGGGGGAACUACCUGGUUGACGUGGAUGGAAACAGAAUGUUGGACGUCUACACACAGAUCUCCUCCAUCCCUAUUGGUUAUAACCAUCCAGCUCUGCUCAAACUGAUGUCCAACCCAAACAACCUGAGCACCCUGGUGAACCGGCCUGCCCUCGGCAUCCUACCUCCAGAGAACUUUCCAGAUAAAAUCACAGAGAGUCUGCUCUCGGUGGCGCCCAGUGGGAUGUCUCGAGUUCAGACGAUGGCGUGCGGCUCGUGCUCCAAUGAGAAUGCUUACAAAGCCAUGUUCAUCUGGUACAGGAAUAAGGAGCGAGGUCACAGCGGACCGUCUGAUGAAGAUCUGAGCAGCUGUAUGAUCAACAAGAGUCCUGGAUGUCCUGAGCUCAGUAUUUUAUCUUUCAUGGGAGGUUUCCACGGAAGAACACUUGGUUGCCUAGCAACAACGCACUCCAAAGCAAUCCACAAACUGGACGUGCCGUCGUUUGAUUGGCCAAUCGCUCCGUUCCCACGGCUACAGUAUCCUCUGGAGGAGUUCACCCGUGAGAACGCUCAGGAGGAGGCGCGCUGCCUGGAGGAGGUGGAGGAUCUGAUCAUUAAGUGGAGGCAGAAGGGGAGGCCAGUGGCUGGGAUCGUUAUUGAACCAAUUCAAGCUGAAGGUGGGGAUAACCACGCCUCUCCAGACUUCUUCAGGAGCCUCCGCAGCAUCGCUCGCAAGCACGGCUGUGCGUUCCAUGUGGAUGAGGUUCAGACGGGGGGUGGGGCCACUGGGAAGUUCUGGGCUCAUGAGCACUGGGGAAUGGAUGACCCUGCAGAUAUCGUAUCUUUCAGUAAGAAGCUGCUGACCGGAGGAUAUUACCACAGAGACGAGCUGCAGGCUGACAAGCCGUACCGUAUCUUUAAUACAUGGAUGGGUGACCCAUCAAAGAACCUGAUCCUGGCUGAAGUCCUGAACGUGAUCCGCAGAGAGAACCUUCUGGAGGAAGUGUCCCGUUCAGGGAAAGCUCUACUCAACGGCCUCUAUGCGCUGCAGGCUCAAUACCCCUCCAUUCUUAGCCGAGCUCGGGGACAGGGAACCUUCUGUGCCAUUGAUAUCUGUGACGAUGCCACACGCAGCAGUCUGCUCACCAAGGCCAGAGACAAAGGUGUCCUCCUGGGUGGCUGUGGGGACCGGUCUAUCCGGUUCCGUCCAGCCCUGGUCUUUAAGGAGGACCACGUCCACAUGUUCCUGAACAUCUUCAAUGACGUGUUGGCCCAGCACAAAUAAGAUCCGCCCACUGACCUCCUGAUUGGAUCGCACACUGUCAGCUGUUUACAGGUCCAGGACCAAGACUCCAUCAAUCCGACCAAUCAACAUCAACCUCAUUUCAUCAUCUACUCAGAGAACCAAUCAGAGAGCAGCUGGUCCGUGUGCUGUUCAAGAGAUCAACAGUGAGCUUAAAAAUACAAGACAUUAUAUAACUAACAAAGAUAAAAAUGAAUAAUAAUAUUAAAAUUAACAAUGUAAACGCUGUAAUAAAUAUCAUUGUUUGACUGACAUCAGCGUAAAUGUGGAGAAGGUUGCAGAGCUCAACAGACUCUGAGGUAAAAACCUCCUUUCAUUUCUCCACUGUAGAUCUGAAUCUGACCACAUAUAAUAAUAAUAACAGAGAUAAGAGCAUCAGGGUUAGUGAGGGGAGAGGUGCCCCUGUAGGUCCUCAAAAGGCCUAAACCAGGUUUUUAAAUCCAAGGUCAUUAAAGGUUUUUCAACUCAAUUCCACCUUAAAUUUGGGAAAACACUGAUUUAAACACUUCUGGAUCCGCUGUCUCUAGUAUCAAUCAGCUGUUUCUAUUCUGGAUCAUCUGUCUCUAGACUGAAUCAGCUGUUUCUAGCCUGGAUCAGCUGGUUUAGAGCUGUUUCUUGUCUGGAUCAGCUGUCUCUAGUCUGAAUCAGAUGUUUCUAGUCUGGAUCAGCUGGUUUGGAGCUGUUUCUAGUCUGGAUCAGCUGUCUCUAGUCUGGAUCAGCUGUCUCUAGUCUGAAUCAGCUGUUUCUAGUCUGAAUCAGCUGUUUUUAGUCUGGAUCAGCUGUUUCUAGUCUGAAUCAGCUGUCUCUAGUCUGGAUCAGCUGUCUCUAGUCUGAAUCAGCUGUUUCUAGUCUGAAUCAGCUGUUUUUAGUCUGGAUCAGCUGUUUCUAGUCUGAAUCAGCUGUUUCUAGUCUGAAUCAGCUGUCUCUAGUCUGGAUCAGCUGUUUCUAGUCUGAAUCAGCUGUCUCUAGUCUGGAUCAGCUGUUUCUAGUCUGAAUCAGCUGUUUCUAGUCUGAAUCAGCUGUCUCUAGUCUGGAUCAGCUGUCUCUAGUCUGGAUCAGCUGUCUCUAGUCUGAAUCAGCUGUUUCUAGUCUGAAUCAGCUGUCUCUAGUCUGGAUCAGCUGUCUCUAGUCUGAAUCAGCUGUUUCUAGUCUGAAUCAGCUGUUUUUAGUCUGGAUCAGCUGUUUCUAGUCUGAAUCAGCUGUUUCUAGUCUGAAUCAGCUG